CCUCAGUCGGCGUUUGAUCCUUGAAGAGAAAGUGAAACCUUAAAAACAAGCGGAAGUUAAAAUGCGACUUGUCGGGGCGGAGAUCUCGGUUCUGUCUCUCCUGAUGAUGAGCCUUCACGGCGCUGCAGCACUGACUCACUCAAUGAAGUAUUUCUACACUGGAUCCUCUGGAGUCCCAAACUUCCCAGAGUUUGUGAUUGUUGGGCUGCUGGAUGAAGUUGAGAUGUUUCACUAUGACAGUAACACCAGGAGAGCAGAACCCAGACAGGACUGGAUGAGCAGAGUCACAGAGGACGAUCCUCAGUACUGGAAGAGGCAGACUGAGAAGUCUAUGGACACCCAGCAGGUCUACAAAGUCGACAUUGAAAUACUAAAACAACGCUUCAACCAAACUGGAGGGCAAACAGCUGCUCCCCGUCCCCUCUGGUUGGCUUCCCACCUUAAAGUAAAAUUUCAAAAUUAUUAUGAAAGGCGGGUAAAAUGAAGGUGGAGUAAGCAAGAGUUUUUUUUAUAUAUACACACACAUCACGUUUUUGAACCAUUCAGGUUGCUUCCCAUUCCAGAACAUCUUUCAGAUGUGCAUUUUCACUUUUGAGAGACUGAACUUUUCUCAACUCCUGCAAAUUUCUUUGCAUUUGUUCAAUUUUUUUUCUCUCCCACAUCUGUUCGUCCAGUUGCUUUCUAAAUUCAGCAGCGCUCUAUGAGAAAGAGAAAUACAGAGAAGAACAACAGCUAAUUGUUAUAUAACUUUUUUUGUAAAUGGUUGAUUCUGAUUUUCACAAGAAAUGUAAGAGGAAGGUGGCAAGAAGUCUACGGCAGAAAUCCCCCCACUUACGCUAUAUGUAACUGGUUGUCUAGCAAACAUGCACCACACACCGGAUGUCAUCAUUUAGGCUACCUUUUUCUUUGAGGCUGGUACUUUGUCGUCUUCAUCCCCAAUAUGCUCCUCCUCUUCACUGGCCCGCUGGGAGGGAGAGAGAAAGAGAGAGGACAAAGUUGCCUACUGUGCUGGUGUCAUACCUUGUAACAGCUACUGGUAAUAAACUUUAUUAUAAAAGUCUUACUUAUCUUUACUGUAUUGCAAUGUAAUAACACACACUGGAUGCAGACUGGUAGUGUUCCUUGUUCUUUGUGUCAUGACGUGCCUCAUCAUCCACUUCCUCCUCCUCCUCCUCGUAUUUAGAAAGAUUUUUCUUUUUCACGGCAACCUUUGGAGGGAGAGGGAGAAACAGAGGAACCAUGAAUGUAUUGUAAUGUAACAGCACACACAGGACGACUGGUAGUGUACCUUGUUCUUUGAAAGUCUGUCAUGACCCUCCUCCUGCUUCUCACCCUCCUGGCGCUUGUAUUUGGAAGACCCUCCCUUUUUAUUGUCAACCGACAGAAAGACACAGACUGACUUUUAGCCCAACUCUUAUUAACUUGCGUUACACCAGCUUGCACAUAUAUCUUGUCAAAGCACAUUAAAUCAUCAUAGAUGACACAAUUACAAACCUACAAACAUGUCUACACAUUAGGAAACAAGAGAGGGGAGAUAACUUGAACUAAAGCACCAAUUGGUGCAGUCAGUUACCUUUUUUUUUGAAGCCUUCUCAGUCUUCCCCUGCUGCUCAAUGUACUUUGAGUUUGGGAUGUGAGGACGUUUUGUUUGUGUGCCCUCUUUCUCCACCUCGAUCUCACGCAGUUUAAUUUGGAGGUUUUUCAAAUUCUGGUGCAAUAAAAUUGAAAUGUUUACUGCAAA